AAUCUAACUAUAAAAAGGCAACCCCGAGCACUAACAAUCUAAGGGUUUUUUUAAGCUUCAAUGCGUUAAGUUUAUCAAACAAGCAAAAGUAUCUACGGUAAAAUCAAACAUGUUAUUUGCAGUAUAUUUUUUCGGUCUUAUUAUUUCAUUGAAUGCUGCACCCGUGACACCAACCAAAGGCGAACCAUCUAGUGGAUCAAAAAUCUGGACUAAUCUGAAACAUUUGCUUGGCCAACACAUCUGUGAUCGUUCCACCAAAAUGCCCAAAUCUGUAAUAAACCUUGGAAACAAUAUUUCUUUGUAUCACUUAAAUAAAGGUUCAAUAAAAACAAGAGCCAAGGGAGAACUAUUAGCACCUUAUGAGGCGGCGGGCCUAAAUGCAAUAGACGUAUAUAAACGAAAAGAAGAUGCUCAUAAAUAUUUAUUCAUUUCCUUAAAAAAUGAAACUAUUGAUAAACCAAAAGUGUACACGGCAGGGAUUAUUGGGAGUUUUUUUGAUGGAAAUCCGGAAAACGUAAUUAAAAAUAUAAAUAUCGUCGUUGAAUUAUUCAUAAAAGACGUGGAAAGCGAAUUGGUUGAGAAAUGAAACGAUUUAUAAGUUGUAACAUUUUGUCGCGUUCGGUUGAAUUUCUAAUAUCUAUUUGUUUUACAAAUAAACCAUAUUUCUCAAA